UGCACCUUCUUCUUAUUCUAUUUGUGAUUGUUUUUUGGGUUCUUUCAGAGGCUGAGGGUUUCUCACUGCGAUUCCAAUGGCGGCCAUAACCUGCCUCGUAAAACGCACCCCCUCCCUCUCCUCACCCGUAGCGCGUGCAUUCUUCUCCACCAAUUCUCACCCCGCGCGUGAGGACAGGAAUGUCCAGUGGGUCUUCCUCGGCUCUCCCGGCGUCGGCAAAGGCACCUACGCCAGCCGCCUCUGCACCCUCCUCGGCGUUCCUCACAUCGCCACCGGCGACCUCGUUCGCAAUGAACUCUCCUCCAAUGGCCCCCUUUCUUCCCAGCUAUCAGAAAUUGUAAAUCAAGGUAAAUUGGUUUCCGAUGAAAUUAUUAUAAAUCUAUUGUCAAAGAGACUGGCCGCUAGAGAAGCUAAUGGCGAAUCAGGAUUUAUUCUUGAUGGUUUCCCUCGAACGAUGAAGCAAGCAGAAAUAUUGGAAGGGGUCACUGACAUUGACUUGGUGGUCAAUCUGAAGCUCCAAGAAGAAGUAUUGCUUGCAAAAUGCCUUGGUAGGAGAAUUUGCAGUCAGUGUGGAAAAAAUUUCAAUGUUGCCUCCCUGAACAUCAAGGGCGAGAAUGGGCGCCCUGGAGUGACCAUGGCUCCACUUUUUCCUCCGGAGCACUGUAUGUCAAAGCUCAUUACUCGCUCAGAUGACACUGAAGUAGUAAUCAAAGAAAGGCUUCGUAUAUACAAUGAAACGAGUCGGCCUGUGGAGGAAUUUUACCGCAGUAGAGGAAAGCUCUUAGAGUUUGACCUGCCAGGAGGGAUCCCAGAAUCUUGGCCAAAGUUGCUGCAUGCUCUUAAUCUUGAUGAUUAUGAAGAGAAGCAGUCUGCUGCAGCAUAAUUUUAUAGAAGUGUACCAUACAAAUGUGUAUCUCAUUCUUUGCAUGCAUAUAUUGCAUGCUUGACAAUUUUGCAGGAAUUAGAACCAACACAGGUGGCCUUUUCUAAUUGGCAUUAUUUGGUUAAAUAAUGAUCAGGAACUGUCGUAAUCUGAUUAAACUUAUACCCUUUUGGGAUUUAUAUUUAUGGCAAUUAUUUUGAUGCUUUUUAAUGUGGGAACAGAUGGUUUCUGACAGAGUUGCUGCCUAGAUAAUUUGUUAGCAUUUAGCAAUAAGCUUCCAUAGAGUUGCCACAUAAUUAUUCUGUUGUAACUGAAAUAAUGAUAUUGUAUUAUCACUCAGGGAGGAGUUACUUUCAGAAUGCCUAGUUGAUGAUGUAUCUUUCUGUUUAA